AUGUAUGCUUCCAGAGGCCUCGUCCUAACCACCGCCGCACUCUUUGCUGGCAAAGGUGCUUUCGCGCAAUACUCUCAAUAUGCCUUGGACGUCACCUACGACGCAACCAACUUCUUUUCUCACUUCGACUUCUACGCGGACUCGGACCCAACGCACGGCUUCGUCGAAUAUGUUGACGCUCAAACCGCAAACUCCUUGGGUCUCGCCGGGACGUCUAUUGGAGGCGUCUUUAUGGGCGUCGACUACACUACCCAGAAUCCACCCAAAGGCCGCAAGUCAGUUCGCGUGAGCUCGCAACAAUCCUUCACGCACGGGCUUUUCAUUGCCGAUAUUGCUCAUAUGCCGGAGAGCAUCUGCGGAGUCUGGCCUGCUUACUGGCUGCUUGGCCCCAAUUGGCCGUAUUCGGGCGAAAUCGACAUUAUCGAGGGUGUAAACACUCAGACGACCACUUCUAUUACGCUUCAUACAGGCCCCGGCUUCACAGUUAGCAACAGUGGAUCUAUUUCGUCUACUCAACUGGUCAGCAGCGACUGCGGCCCCGAUGAGAGCAACUCGGGAUGUGGCCAGACAACAGCGGACAACCAGAACUACGGCGAUGGCUUCAAUGCUAUUCGGGGAGGGGUCUACGCCACUGAGUGGACAUCUGAGCACAUUGCCGUCUGGUUCUUCCCUCGAACGAACAUCCCCCUCGACAUCACCACUGGUACGCCCAAUCCGGCCGGCUGGGGCCAACCCCUCGCCAAGUUUACCGGCGCCGACGGCUGCAGCAUCGACAACUACUUCAAGAACAACCAGAUCGUCUUUGACACUACGUUUUGCGGUGACUGGGCAGGCCAGGUCUGGGCAUCCAACAGCGAGUGCUCCGCCUUGGCCGCCACGUGCGAGGACUACGUCUCUAGCAAUCCUGCGGCCUUUGCCAAGGCCUUUUGGCUUAUCAACUCGGUCAGCGUAUAUCAACAGGCUCCCAAUGUUGCGACAGGAGCAAAUGCUUUGCCAAAGACUCUUCCCAAGAGAUUCGCGGCCUGA